CAUUGGCCGGAACGCUAGGGCCCCAAACGCUCCAGCGGGAGGAGGCGCCGCACCUACUUCCGAAUAUAACCGACUACCGAGCUGAGGAGCGUGACUACGAGGAGGCGGCCUCCAAAGUGCAGUGAAAGCGCCCGGCGGGAAGCAUGUGUUACCUGGGUCCCCUCCUCAGGGAGCGGCCGGGCGAGGUGGAGGAUUCCCUCUGAAGGAUUAAAAACUCGGCAGUUGUCUUCUGCCACAGGCUGGGGAGGACCCGAGCAACUGCUCCAUUUGAACUGUGCCGACGGGCAGGAGGAUGAGAGACGGGAAUUGAGAGUCACGGACGAAGGACAGGGGAGUCUGGCGUCUGCUUGGGCAUUCUUUAAUGAAGAAACGUCAGAGCUGCUAAAUACACUGGGACACAGGCGAUCCUAGUCACCAAGGAUGGCCUCCUCUUGGAAACUUAUUCUGUUUCUGUCAGUCACUGGGUGUCUUUCAGAAUAUUCUGGAACUCUUCCUGGUCUCCCUACUUCAUAUGCUACUUUGCUAAGAAUUAAGAGGAGUUCAUCUUCAUCCCUCUAUGGUUCAAAGACUAGACCACGAUACAGCAGUCCUCCAUUAGGAACACUGAGUGUUUCUUCACCGAGCUGGCGAGGGGCAGCUCAACAUUAUUAUUCCCCCAUCAAUCUUUAUCAUUCCUCAGAUGCCUUCAAACAAGAUGAAAGUGUGGACUACGGGCCAGUGUUUGUGCAAGAACCAGAUGAUAUAAUUUUCCCGACUGAUUCUGAUGAAAAGAAACUAGCACUGAAUUGUGAAGCUCGUGGCAACCCAGUUCCCAAUUACAGAUGGCUUCGAAAUGGAACAGAAAUAGAUUUGGAAAGUGAUUAUCGCUACAGUUUGAUAGAUGGGGCCUUCAUUAUAAGCAAUCCAAGUGAAGCAAAGGAUUCUGGCCAUUAUCAGUGUUUGGCAGCCAACACGUUUGGAAGUAUUCUUAGUAGAGAAGCUGUACUUCAGUUUGCCUAUCUGGGAAAUUUUAGUGGCCGGACAAGAAGUGCAGUCUCUGUGAGGGAAGGCCAGGGGGUUGUUCUGAUGUGCUCUCCUCCGCCUCAUUCACCAGAGAUCGUCUAUAGCUGGGUAUUUAACGAGUUCCCUUCCUUUGUGGCGGAAGACAGCCGGCGGUUCAUUUCCCAGGAGACAGGCAACCUUUAUAUUUCUAAAGUCCAAACAUCAGAUGUUGGCAGCUAUAUUUGUCUGGUGAAAAACACAGUGACAAACGCUCGAGUACUUAGUCCUCCAACACCACUCACUCUCCGUAAUGAUGGUGUGAUGGGAGAAUAUGAGCCAAAAAUUGAGGUCCAUUUCCCUUUCACAGUUACAGCUGCUAAGGGAACAACUGUUAAGAUGGAAUGCUUUGCACUUGGCAACCCAGUUCCAACAAUCACAUGGAUGAAGGUUAAUGGUUAUAUUCCUGGUAAAGCACGUCUGCGUAAAUCUCAGGCAGUACUGGAAAUACCCAAUGUGCAGCUGGACGAUGCAGGCAUAUAUGAGUGCCGAGCUGAAAACUCACGUGGAAAAAAUUCCUUUCGUGGACAAUUACAAGUAUACACAUACCCACACUGGGUAGCAAAACUGAAUGAUACUCAGUUAGACAGCGGGAGCCCUCUCCGAUGGGAAUGUAAGGCUACUGGAAAACCCAGACCCACAUACCGUUGGCUGAAGAAUGGAGUACCCCUCUUGCUUCAGAGUAGGGUUGAGAUGGUUAAUGGAGUAUUGAUGAUCCACAAUGUGAAUCAAUCAGAUGCUGGAAUGUAUCAGUGUUUGGCUGAAAAUAAAUAUGGAGCCAUUUAUGGGAGUGCUGAGCUAAAGAUUCUAGCUUCAGCUCCCACUUUUACACUGAAUCAACUGAAGAAAACAAUAAUUAUUACUAAAGGCCAAGAAGUCAUCAUAGAGUGCAAACCCCAAGGCUCUCCAAAACCAACCAUCACUUGGAAGAAGGGAGACAAAGCAGUUAGAGAGAAUAAAAGAAUAGCUAUUCUUCCAGACGGGAGUCUACGGAUCCUAAAUGCUUCUAAAUCAGAUGAGGGAAAGUACGUUUGCCAAGGGGAAAAUGUCUUUGGUUCUGCUGAAAUCAUAGCUUCUGUUUCUGUGAAAGAACCUACAAGAAUAGAACUUACUCCUAAAAGAACAGAGUUAACAGUGGGAGAAAGCAUCGUCCUUAACUGCAAAGCAAUUCAUGAUGCUAGUUUGGAUGUCACUUUCUACUGGACACUAAAAGGACAGCCUAUCGAUUUCGAGAAAGAAGGUGGACAUUUUGAAAGCAUCAGGGCCCAAGCAUCCUCUGCAGAUUUAAUGAUCAGGAACAUCCUUCUGAUGCAUGCUGGGAGAUAUGGCUGCAGGGUACAGACCACAGCAGACAGUGUGUCAGAUGAGGCAGAACUUCUUGUUAGGGGUCCCCCAGGCCCACCAGGGAUAGUGAUCGUUGAGGAAAUCACUGAGAGUACAGCCACACUUUCCUGGAGUCCAGCCACUGACAACCACAGCCCAAUCUCCUCAUACAACUUGCAGGCUCGCAGCCCCUUCUCCCUGGGCUGGCAAACAGUAAAAACAGUCCCAGAAAUCAUAACAGGGGACAUGGAAUCAGCCAUGGCAGUGGACCUGAACCCCUGGGUGGAAUAUGAAUUCAGAGUGGUGGCCACCAAUCCAAUUGGGACUGGAGAUCCAAGCACCCCAUCUCGAAAGAUCCGCACAAAUGAAGCAGUUCCAAAGACAACACCCACCAAUGUAAGUGGAAGAAGUGGAAGAAGGCACGAGUUAGUCAUCGCCUGGGAGCCAGUAUCGGAAGAGUUUCAGAAUGGGGAAGGCUUUGGCUAUAUUGUGGCUUUCCGACCCAAUGGAACACGUGGCUGGAAGGAAAAAAUGGUGACAUCUUCUGAAGCUUCAAAAUUCAUUUAUCGAGAUGAAAGUGUCCCUCCUCUUACUCCCUUUGAAGUGAAGGUUGGCGUUUAUAACAAUAAAGGAGAUGGACCUUUCAGUCAAAUUGUGGUCAUAUGUUCAGCUGAAGGAGAACCCACUGCUGCUCCCACAGAUGUCAAGGCUACAAGUGUGUCUGUGUCAGAGAUUCUUGUUGCAUGGAAACAUAUUAAAGAGAGUCUAGGAAGACCACAGGGAUUUGAGAUUGGCUAUCGGAAAGACAUGGAACAAGAAGAUGCAGCAGAAACCAUCAAAACUAGGGGGAAUGAGUCAUCUGUCAUCCUGACAGGAUUAGAAGGAAAUACAUUAUAUCACUUCACAGUGAGAGCUUAUAAUGGAGCUGGAUAUGGGCCACCUAGCAGUGAAGUGAGUGCAACCACCAAGAAAUCCCCCCCCAGUCAAGCACCUAACAACCUCAGGUGGGAACAGCAAGGCUCUCAGCUUUCUUUGGACUGGGAACCUGUCAGACCAUUAGCCAAUGAGUCUGAAGUCAUGGGCUACAAGGUAUUUUAUAGGCAAGAGGGUCACAGCAACAGUCAAAUUAUUGAAACACAGAAACCUCAAGCAGUAGUCCCACUCCCUGAUGCUGGAGUCUAUAUUAUUGAAGUUCGAGCAUACAGUGAAGGAGGGGAUGGAACCGCUAGCUCCCAAAUCAGGGUCUCAUCAUAUUCAGGUGGGAAAAUCACUAGUGCUCAGUCAACCCUCCACACUCUGUCCACGUCCUCAUCAUCAGUAACGUUGAUUUUGGCAUUGAUGAUUCCUUCAACCUCUUGGUGAAAACUACAGACUUAAUUUGCUUUUCUUUGCUUUAGCUUGAUAACAACAGUGAAUAGAGUGUAAUGUAAAUGGAGACCCACGACCUUGAGAUAAGCGUUAAAAACUUGGAACCACUCAUGGUGCACUUACAGGAGGUUGGGGGGAAUAUUACUUAUCGGUCAGGUUUCUCUUUGGUUUUUGUAAAUGGAGAGGACAGCUAUUGGUCCAAUAAAAAUAUGCAGAUUGUAUGUAAUAAAUUUUUGUAAGCAAAGGUAAUUUCUGUCAAAUGUAUUCUUUACUUUUUUAGUAUGUUGGAAUUUGAUUUUAUACCUGAUGACCCUGAGUGUGUGCCAUCCAUUU